GGCUGGAGAGACUGGAGAAUUGAUGGGCACUGAGAAACUGUGCGAGCGAGAGGAAGAGUGAGCGUGCGUGCGUGCGCUCAGAGUCGGCGGCGGGCGAGACGCGCAAAGUCCACGAGCUCAUCGUCAACACAACAGCUGAGCACCGGCAACUCCGAAGAGUGACACACGGGGGAGAGAGAGAGAGAGAGAGAGAGAGCGAGCAAAAGGAAGAAUCAGCAGAAGAGGAGAAGGACCGAAGACACACUACCAGGCUUCUGGUUGUGCCCUCUGCGCUCCUCUCCAGACAUGCUCCCUUGGGUCCUUAUGCUCCUGUGGAUCUCCGGACACGGGGCGAAGGCCAUGUUUUCCCAGCAGCCACAGGACCUGGUUGUGGUGGCAGGACAGCCUGUGACUCUACCAUGCACUAUCCCUGGUUACCAUGGAGUCGUCCUGUGGAUCAAAGAUGGCCUGGCGCUGGGAGUUGGCAGAGACCUCUCUGGCUAUCCUCGUUACACAGUGAUUGGCGACCACAGUUCAGGGGAGCAUCAUUUGAGAAUCCAGCGCGUUGAGCUGAUGGAUGACGCCGUGUUCGAGUGCCAGGCCGUCCAGGCUGCCAUGCGAUCCCGCCCGGCCCGGCUCACUGUGUUGGUUCCCCCAGAGGACCCAGUCAUCAGUGGAGGCCCGGUGGUGAGCCUGCGGGCCGGCGACCCACUCAAUCUGACUUGUCAUGCUGACAAUGCCAAGCCUGCGGCCUCGAUCAUUUGGAUCCGCAACGGAGAGGUCCUCAACGGGGCCAUGUACUCCAAGGUAAGCACAGAGACUUUGCUUCGGGACGGCAGGAGAGAAAGCACCAUGAGCAUGCUCUACCUAUCGCCCUCCAUCAUCGAGACGGGUCAACAGAUCAUCUGCAGGGCCUCCAACAAAGCAGUUCCCAACGGCAAGGAGACCAGUGUCACUAUUGACAUCCAGCAUCUGCCUCUUGUCAAUCUCUCAGUGGACCCUCAGCCUGUUCUGGAGGGCAACCUUGUGAAAUUCCACUGCUCUGCGAAGGCCAACCCACCUGUCACGCUCUACAGGUGGGCCAAGGGAGGAAAUAUCAUCAGUGAGGUCUCUGGGGAUACAUAUGAGGUUAUUGUGGACCAUUCCUUCUUUACUGAACCCGUUUCCUGCGAAGUUACCAACGCUCUCGGAAGCACCAACAUCAGCCGAAACGUUGAUGUUUACUUUGGUCCCCGCAUGGCUGCUGAGCCUCAGUCCUUACAGGUGGACCUUGGAUCUGAUGCUGUGUUCAACUGUGCCUGGACAGGAAACCCAUCUCUCACCAUUGUGUGGAUGAAGAGGGGCUCUGGAGUGGUUCUUAGCAAUGAAAACCUCCUGACACUGAAAUCCGUGAGACAGGAGGAUGCUGGGAAGUAUGUUUGCCGUGCUGUGGUUCCACGUGUAGGAGCAGGGGAGAAGGAGGUUUCUCUCACAGUCAACGGGCCACCUACCAUCUCCAGCACACAGACCCAGCAGGCGUUACACGGAGAAAAAGGACAAAUAAAAUGUUUCAUUCGGAGCACGCCCCCUCCAGACCGCAUUGCAUGGUCAUGGAAGGAAACCGUGUUGGAGUCUGGAACAUCUGGUCGCUACACCGUGGAGACAGUAAACACCGACGACGGGGUUAUCUCCACACUGACCAUGAGCAACAUUGUCCCCGCUGACUUCCAAACCAUCUACAACUGCACUGCGUGGAACAGCUUUGGCUCCGACACAGAGAUCAUUCGGCUUAAGGAACAAGGUGGGAGCCAAGAGUCUCUCCCAGUGGCGGUGAUCAUUGGCAUAGCCGUGGGAGCGUUUGUGGCCUUCAUUGUCCUCAUGGGCACCAUUGGAGCCUUUUGUUGCACCCGCUCUCAGAGAAAGGAAGCGCACCUGGUUAUGCCCUCACUGCCCGUCUCCAUCUGUGCUCACCAGAGAGAACUUGCAAGCAAAAUUAAGACAGAAAAUCUGAAAGGAGUCGUGUCUGCGAAAAAUGACAUCCGCGUGGAAAUUGUACACAAAGACCACAACGCAGCUCGAGAGAGUGAGGAACACAGCUCCAUGAAACAACUGAUGGUGAGUGUUGAACGUGGAGAGUUCCAGCAGGAAUCAGUUCUAAAGCAGCUGGAGGUAUUACAAGAGGAAGAGAAGGAGUAUCAGCACAUUAAGGACCCUACAAAUGGCUACUACAGUGUAAACACCUUCAAGGAGCACCACACACCCACCAUGGCCGGGAAUCAGACCACUGAGGCGAGGAACCCGACCAACACAGGCACCCUAGGCAAGCAGCGAGUACCAACAGGCAUGUCUUUCACCAACAUCUACUCCACUCUGGGAGCAGGUCCCAACCGUCUUUACGACUACAGCCAGCGCUUCGUGCUGGGCAUGGGCAGCAGCUCUAUUGAGUUGUGCGAGCGGGAGUUCCAACGUGGCUCGCUCAGCGACUCCAGCUCUUUUAUUGACACGCAGUGCGACAGUGGUGUCAGCAGCUACAGUAAGCCAGAUGGCUAUGUACAGUUCGACAAAGACAGCAAGGCAUCGGCCUCCUCGUCCUCCCACUACUCUCAGUCCUCUUCACAGAACUCAGACCUCACCCGGCCACUUCAGAAGCGCAUGCAAACCCACGUCUGACCACCAGGAUGCGGAGAGAGUUUGAACAGGAUUGUAAGACUGAAAUAAUCAGCUCCUAAUCUGUUACUGUGAGAGUUUCACUGGACACCUGGAGAGACAGAGCUGGUUGGCUUUAAUACACCGUGUGACGUGGUCAGACUUCUCAAUGUCCCAAAAAGUGGAUUAAGAAGCCUUAUAAUCCUCAUGCUUAACUCAUCAACCACCUUCUUUCCUCAACCCAUAAUCAGACUUGUGCUACUGAGAUUACUAGGUUGGAAUUUCAGCAUUCAACACUUGGUUGCUACAGCGGAACUGCUGGCACAGUGCAGGGCAGGAAUACAAGGCUUUUGUGUGACAAUCAGUUGUCCAGGCAAACACUGUUUGUCUUUUGAAGAUUGUCAUUCAGAAAAACUGAGAUUUCUCUUGCAAGCAUUGAAGCACUCAGCACGAAUGGCACGAUAAUGAGUGCAACUCAACGUCCUGCUGCUCUCCUGCAGUCUAAAGCACAAAAAAAACAAAUGUGCACAUGGUUUCAGUUGAUAAAACAAUAACUCAUUUUUGCCGCAAACAUUCUAUUCAAACAUUCAUAUGUAAAACUUGGCCUGUUAAAACUUGUUUCCUUGAGGAGGCGAAAACCUCCACGGGCCACAGUUUUCUUCAACGUUGAAAAUAAUAGCAGUUUUUCUGUGCAGCUGUAUCUGGGCCAUAGUGCUAAGCUGAUAAAGAUGGGCUAAGAUCCCAUUUUACGCACCGAGUCAUUAUUUUACUUUGACACGCCACGAUCAGCGAAUAUCAGUGUACAUAUGUGACUAAUUUAUUUUCUAGCAUCUCAUAUUUGACUGAUUUUCCCCGUGGAGGAUCCAAAAUGAGACAUGAGCGCCUCUGCUUGUCCAUAUCUUCUUUGCCUUGAGGGUCUGUUUGAACUGUGUCAGUACAAACUUUGAAUAAGCAAGAUAGACUUCUACCGUCAGCGCUUCUGUUGAUGAUAGCCUGCACCCUGAAUGGCGUGAAAGCGCCAAAUCCGGCUCCAAGGCUGCGGCAUGAAAGCCCACAAACUGAGCUUUGUGAGCUUGUCCUGCUUCUGCCACAGAUCAUUAGCCAUAUACUUGAGGGCACCUGUUGAAUGAAAUGUAAACAUAUUUUAGCCGAGCUACUUAUUGUGUGGUUUCGUCAUCGCUACUUUCCACUAUCACUGGAGCAUAGAGCAUCUGUCUGUAUACCUACCUGUGAGUGUGCUGAUAAUCAAGGGAUGUGACAAGCAAAUUGAGGAAAUGCAUUCAGCUGAUAGGGAUAGCUUACGCUGUCAAGUACAUUGUUAUAUUUUGUUCAGCACAGUGUGUAACACUUGAAAAUGAAAAUAAUCCUUCCUCACAGACAGUUUGUUUUAGUUGAAACUAGGUGCCAUCAGUAGUAAUGUAAUUUGCAGCAACACACACACACCUAACAUUUCAGUGACCUGUUGUGCCAAAGUCAAGAGUAUCAGAGGAGAGAGUUUUGCUCAGCUGGAGAUGUGAAUACUGGGGAUACUACUGCAUGAAUAAUUCACUGCAGUUCCUGCAAAGCAAUUAGUAAUCUGUAUUCUUGCCCUUAUGUUAGUUUCCAGCACACUGUGACAAGUUAAAUCAGGAAAACAAGUACAGCCAUCUGCAAAUGUAGUAACUAUUGGUUGAAAAUUGCUCAUCUCAGCAGAAAUUGUGACCUAGAGACCUAAAAGAGAUACAGAGAAAGAAAAUAAAGUUGUUAAGGAUUUAAGGUACCAGUGUCUUUCACUGGUAAAUGACUCCAAGACUACCAGCUUCUGGAAAAUCCACAACUUCUUGCUGAAGUUACCAGUCCACUGUCUCGAUAAACACAAACCACUGUAACAGCCACAGUUACAUCAUACAUUGUUUUUAUUUUUAUUUCAGCUUUUGAAACCUUCAUUUUCUGGAAGGUCUGUUCCAGGCAAUCUUUCUAAGCAAUCAGUUUGUGUAUCAUUAUCAGUUCAUUCAAGGCUAAAGAGGACUUCCUGGAAAACAACCACCAUGCUGUAAAACACAAACGCAACAUUAAUGUCACUUGUGUUUUGUCAAAGCAAGCUAAACAUGACACCAAUUUAAAACAUUAUACUACAGUUUAUCUAAUUAGGUGUUUUAUCUGUAUACUCCAUGAUGCAGCUACCGCUUGGAACGCAUUGAGUCUGGAACUGCAAUAAGAACUCUGCCCCUCAACUGAUGAAAAUAACCAAACAAGGCAUUUCUAACAAAAGCAGGUUGUUUGUAAGCACUUUACAUACGAUUAUAUUUAACGCAUAUGAAUGGGUUUUCCACUUGAGUGGCGGUGGUUUGGACUCUAAUUUUACAAAUGGAUUGGUGCCCAUUGUACAGCUUGAAACAAAAAAACUCUGUUUCAACACUGAUAAUCCAGCUUGGCACUUAGCAGACUGUAUAUAAAUCUCUAAUGCCGUCUUUCUCUGUAUAUAAUUCCCCUGGCUCCCCCCCCAGUCAGAUUUCACUAUACAAGAGCUCAAAAAAAUCCAUGUUUCAUCAAAACUGUACAGACAAUCAUAUACCCCCACCCCCCCACAAAAAUUUCAACCAUCGUUUCAGAUUUAAGAAAACAUUUGUGUUAGUUGCUCAUCUUCCCUUGGAUGGGGAAAACGCUCAGUCUGUACACGAGCACAGAGGAGGCUAUAGGAGGAGAAGCUCAGCUUAGCUGGGACAACUUUGAAGUGAGAAGCAGUAAGAGGUUAUUAUACCUUCAGCCCUUCUGAGAGGUGUCAGAUGCCUGGCAAUAUAUUGAAUUUGGCACCAUCAUGACUGUCAAGUAUGUCGUUGCCAUUUCUAAUUUAUUUUUCCUACCAUUUAUAAAUGCAGAAUAAAGUUUGUCCCUUGAUAUCAGCAGCAGUCAAUUACAGUGUGGCCUAGUUUAGAUGGGACAGAUACAGUUUUUAUUUUAUACACAAUUAUUCAAAUAUAUUAUGCAUCACUUUACAUCCACAGAAAAAAAAGACAUUCACUGUGUCUCCCUAAAAAUAAAACAAAUUUACUUUCCCAGCCAAACAAUUGAGUUUUCCUUAUCAGAUGCAGCUCCUGCACUCAUCCAAACAUAAUGCAUUUUCCCAGUCCAGAGAAUCGGCACACUGCACAACAAACAGAUAAAUAUUUGAUAAGCCAGCCUUCUGUCCCAUCCCCCCAUGGCAGCAGCUACAGUGGGCAUGAGAGUACCACAGGAUCCAAUUGCCAUGCGAGUCUUUGGAAAUUAAAGCCCAUGUGGGCACAGAGUCCACCCUGCUCACCUGUGGACGCCUCUCCGGCUGGUGCUGGCCAAGCCUGUUUGCCUGGCUAAAAGCACAGCACAGAUGCCAGGGCAUAACAGAUGAAUAAACACAAAGGCUCAGAACAAUUACAAGGGGUUGCUGCCCUUUCCUGAUAAAACAGAGCAACCCUUUCAGAGUGCAGGAUGUCGGACAGACUAUUAUUAAGAGAUGCUAAAAAAACUUGCCUGCAGUACACGGAUAGAGACAGGCAGAUGUUCAGAGCAGUGUGGAGUGAAGACUGGUUGUACGUGUUUAUAAUGCGUCCUCUGCCCCCAGGCUACAUUAUAUCUGUUUACUACAGCAGCAGCUUUUGAUUAGUCUAAAUAAACUGGAGAAAAAGGAAAAAGAAACACUGAACAUUACUGCUGUUGGUGUCUUGCCUAUGCCUGUGAGAGUGGUUUACAUGAGGCUAUUUGAAGUCUCCCUUAUUGUAUGAUAGGUGUUACUGUCCAUGAUGGAACACAUUAAACACAUUCAGAAACACUGAAAUGAUCAUAAUAGCCCUUCUAUCUUUACUGUGUAAAUGCUUUUCUCACUUUGUUUCUUUUUUACCAAUCAAUACCUUGUCAGUACUUUAGUAAGAUGCGGUUGUAGGGCCUGGACUAGGUAAUAUUUGCAAAUAAAUGCUUGCAUUUGCUUUAGCAGAGGGCACACUGGGAAUCAGUGUGGUUUGGUUUGAAGAGUAAGUAAUAAGUCAUUUGAAAGUCAAACAAGUAGGCUAAUCUGUGAAUGGCUGAGUUGUUGUGUUCGCCACAUAAUGUAAAGUAGUUUGCAAAUAGUACGUGAUCCAGGUCUGAAAAAGUACUUAACUUACAUGGUCAUCUGAAGACUUUGUAUAAAUAGUAAUACCAUAGACAUACAGUAAUUGUAAUGAAAAGACAAUAUGUAAAUUUUACUGGGUGAACCACUAUUUUCAGGCAGUGGCCCUCUGUAUCUAAGACAAAAAGAAAAAAAACAAGAAAAAAGGUUGUAUUUUAACUGUACUGGUCUGUGAAUCUAUGAUGCUUUUGCUCUGUAUAUUUGGAGAAUAAAAAUGAUGUAAGA